CUUCAUCCUGAACUCGAUGUUGGCACUAUCAAUGAAUUACCAUAUAGAGAUCGUCGCAGCAGAUGACAGACAUAUAAAGAAGGCAUAGCAGUCGCAGGCACGCAGAUCGUAGAGACUGAAAAUAGAUGAUAAGGGCGAGCGGCUAGAUGAUAAGUGACAGCGGCGGAGUCAAAAGGGCAGAGUGUGCACAUCUAACGACAAGCACAGCAACACAGGGCAUUUGCAGAAGACUACAGAAAACUAAGCAAGGUAGGGGGUCGCGCUUCCCUUUGAACUGACAGCACUGGGUACUAUCUGCGACUGAAGACGAAGAGUAACUAAGGAGUGUCAAGAUUUUUUGAAGAAACGCGUACGUUCCCGUUAUUGGUUUUGGCGCAUUAUAGCGAAUCGCGAGAUUUCGAAAACAAGAGUAGAGCUACGACGUGCACUUCUCCAGCUCGCAAAAUAUAACGAAGAAGCAAGUUUGCUGAAUCUAUUGAAGAAUCGUCAACACGAGAGUUGCAGCGCCAGAAGACAAAAGCGACUCAUUGUAAAAUGCGUAAUAGCGGUCAGAGUCAAACCGACGUCGACACAAGACGAGUAAUGAUGCCGCCAGAAUUGGUAUCUCCUGCACCUAGGGGGACUCUCCGGCGCAGCGAGACCACGGGACAGCUGGCCAGGCCGCUGCUGGUUACGGCGUGAUUCAAAAAGGCGUCGUCAUUACUGGCUUAUUUCGCUACAGUUUUACAUCUGAGAAUAACCUGAAGGUACUAGUACAACAGUCAGGUACUGGUGGACCAACACUAUACCAAAUUCAAUUUAGAAGCUGGCUACGUACUCUCGGAAGAUUCAUCAUCGAUAAAAAAAAAAGGUAAUUAUAUCUCGUCUACAGCGAUUGCGAUGAACUCUAUUUCAUGUUCAUCGUCUAACAAAGACAGAAGCUCGAGGUCAGGCAGGAAUGGAAGGUUGGGGCCACCGGUUCCCUCGGCGCCGAAUUUGUGGGAGCUCGGUCGUAGAGGACGUGAGCAGGAACAAGAGUUUCGCCUACGAUCACAGCAACUCUUCGCGACCCCGGACAGAGUGCGAACCAAAAGGUUAAGGCUUUUGUUUUUCGAUUCUAUGCUCCACUGCUGUCGAACUGUCGAAGAACAAAGGGUUUAGCAGUUGAUGUUCCUAUUGAUUCUCUACUAUCUUCUGUAGCUGGUGUAGUACAGAAGUAUUAACUAGUUUAAGUUUCUAGUACUACUACUGCUAGUGGAGUGGGAAGCCAUUAGAUUUUUUUCAAGAAAUUGACCGACUUGUUGGCACUUGACUACGUUGUUGCUUGUAAGCCCGGACUGAGACUGACACUCUGUACUACCGCUAAAGAGAGCAGCUCUGCUUUCGGGGCAAAAGAGCAAUGCGAGCAGUUCCAGUGAGAGCGAUGAGAUCGAUGAUGACCACGAUGAAGAUAUCGAGAAAGGCGGAAUGUCGCAACUUCAAAGCGACUCAUCUCUAGCAGGCAUGCUAAUACGCUCGGCAAGCAACAACAGUGUCAGCCGGUUGAUACGGUCACUGUCAAUGCCGGGACACAGCUGGCAGGCGGUGCAGGAGAAGAAGCCCUCAAAAGAAGCAGCCGUGGCACGAUCUGCCACGGGCAGUACGAACACAGGGAUGAUGCCAGCGUCCAUUAUGGCCGUUUUUUGAUAUUUGGUUCUCAUAGGUUUUUAUCCGGAUUCCUCGAUCCGGAGAUGAUGAAUGGAGUCGAGUUCUUUCCAUAAUAUGAUGAGUGGAAUAUGAUGGAGUUUUUGCGGCAUCUAAUUCGAACAGCGGCGUCAGCAUGACCAUCCUAGAAAAGGAGGUACUGCAGACAGAGGAUGCCAUGUUAUGGAGUCUUCUUACCAAUUAGAAAUGCAGUAGAGGUCUACUUACAUGAAGGUAAGCUUUUCAUUUUGAUGUAGCCAGCUUGUGCCUGUUGCUAUUCGUAUAAGUAGAAAAAGAAGAAGAAGAAUUCGGUUUCGCUGGUUCAAUCAAAACUUCUGUGGUGAUGAGAGAGCGUGGGACAUCCCUGAAAUGUAGCAGCAUUGAAUAUUGACAUUCUAUCACUGGAUGAGUUUAGCUUUAGAAUGACCUCGUCUCAUUUCACCAAACAUGAUAGGAGUGUCUAAAAAAAGUUUUCAACGUCGAGUGUAAUAAAGUUUAUUGUGAUAUAGUACAUCAGUUGUUUUUGUACUUACAGUCAAUAACUCAGCGAGUUGAAAGUAAGAAAUGAUGUAGUGUUUCGUCUGUGGUGCAUCGUCGGGCUUGAGCGCCCGUUUUCUUGCUGUACAACACCAGUCUUUUCUCCCUUGCUUGUCUACAGCCUUUUCUUGCUCCAUACUGACCAGUCUUUCUUGCUUGUAACGGACUACAACCAAGCUCUACCUGUCUCUACUUUUCAUGGUCGUGUGCUCCGUCCCGGCUACAGAUUAACUGUAAAGUCGGAUCGCAAACCAGCCUGCAUAGCGGGACAAUAACCUCCAGUGUCGAAAGUCGAGACACCUUGGCGGGUGCCGUGAACAAGCCCCUUAUGAAGAGAUCACACGUUGCUUGUGUGCUGUGUUGUUGUACGUAAGUAGUUGUAUGCUAGUCUUUCGUUAAUUAAUACUAAGUGGUUUCACGUAUAAGUACCGGCACUUUUCUUUCUGCUCGCGGUCGCCCUGCACGUCUAAUUCCGACAAAAAGACGAAGAAAAUGUCGCGAUCCGAAAGUUGGUUUAUGACGGCUCUGGUCGCGACUGCGGCACUAUCCAGCUGUAUAUACGGUCUAGUCCUUGCGGCGACGAACGCAUCAGUAAACUUCAUUCAUGUCGAUUUCGAGACAUGCGGAGUCAUACUUAUGUUGAUUGCAGCACUUGUAAUGUAAUCUAUCUGGUGUCUUCUCCGUUUUGUAUCUUCGGUCCGUACCUGUCUCCUCCGUGCAUCUUCGGUGUUCGGCAUUCGUAAGUUGUACCUGAAAAUAUGUGGUGGACGAUGAACAUGAAUCAUCUUGUCCGGUGAAUUGCCCAUGUUGUAAUAUCUUCAUGUGACCACGCUUUGUCAGCUUCUAAACACUCAGCACCGGUUCCGCUGCCAAAUAGCACGUCGAUACUGGCUACGACGGAUUUGAUGCAGAAGGCGGCAGCGCCACGGCAAAUGCUUGGUAUGCGUUUACCUGAGGAUGAUGCCGAUGAGAGAAUAGCAGAAGUUCGAUUCGCAAAUUAUGACCAGGGUGAAUUGAUGAUAUAGAAGAGGUUGAUUGUGUUUACAUUCUUUUUGCUUGUAAUUAAAUUACUUAGUUGGUGUACUGCAACAGAUAACAUUGGAAGAGACAACAGCUAAUGAUCCAAACUUUUGUAGUAAAAAAUGAAUUUUUUCAAGUUCCAUGCCUUACCGAUGAAGGGAAAACAUUGUUGCACCUGCUUAUCAAUGAUCUCAGUACUCUUGCCCUUUGUUUUUUUUUUUCAUACUGCGACAGGCGAGCAUGUAGCCUCAUCGGGAUGGCUCGAGUAUGCUAGUAGCGUGUUGCUUGCGCAGAUCAAAGGGACAGUGCUCUACGAACCGGAGCUGGCAAACGGAGCAUCUGUAUGGUUAAUAGGUCUAGUCUAGUCAAGAGUUUCUAUUUUUGCGUACCCAAACGAGUACGCUCAUCUUUCUCUGUGUUGUAGUGUACUUUUGAUUUUACACUCCCACCGGAUGAAUUCCAUCCAUUCACAAGUUUCAUCUUUCUCUGCGAGCUAUGUGGCGGACGCUUCGCUCGACGACGAUGGGGCUGACAAUCUUGAUGGCGAUGAGGGCAGCCACGUCUUGCUAUUGGAGGAGAAAUUGGUCUUCAAUUGCCCACACCAAACCUUCAUCCAGCAGAUAUCGGUGGCAGCGGUACUGCUGGGUGCCGGGGCCGGGUCACUAUUGGGCGGUCCGUUUGCCGACAGGGUAGGUCGUCGAGGCUCGAUGUUGAGGCUCAAUUUCGUAGCCUUCUUCGUUUUUCUUAUUAUGAAAUUCGACACUAAUACUGGAUUCAGAAGGCUUUGUCGAAGUUCAAUGUACUUACCCCCAACCUAACCUAGCCGCAUGACUUAAAACAGAAAUACGUCGAAACUAAGACAGACCACCAGCUUUUCUCUAAGUUCAGCUGCGCUUUGGCGACCGGGUGGUGGACCUUUAUCACCGCGCGAUUCCUAGCCGGUUUGUGCAUCGGCGCCGUCUCAGUAGCCGUACCCAUGUACAUCGCUGAAGUGUGUCCCGAUGAUCUCCGCGGAAAAUUCUUAAGGCUUCAUAAGUUGUACAGCAGACAGAAGAAGACAAACCGGCUCCGCCUAGUGUCGUCUUCUUUUAUUGAGGUUGAUCAUAGGUCAUUGGCGUAGUUUCUCAUUCGCAGAGCACCCCACAGACGAAGGCGAAGCUCACAACAAUUAUAUCGUACCUGAAGCUCUAAGAUUUGGCGUAGCGCAUCAGCUGCUGAUCACCAUCGGAAUCUUGCUCAGCGAUGCCCUCGGUCUCGUGCAUUAUGACUUGUACUACUUAGAAAUGACAUAUUACUACACAUUUUUCACAGCGGGGUUCCGAAGAAAAAUGGCGCGACAGACAAGGAUUAUACUCAAUUCGCUUUUGAUCAUGCCGUGCAACCACUUUGUUAUACUAGAUGUAGUAAUAUUAUAUAUUAUAAUACUUACACUCAGUAUGCCUAGUGCAGCUCUAAGUUUCAUCCCAAGAUAUCGAUUUCCGACACAAGGAGAUCGCUCGUAGCCAAAUCACAGCCGUUGACAAGUAUUGGUGGAGAGUGAUGGUGGGAUUUUCCUGUCUUCCUUCAUUAAUGAGUGUCCUAGUGUGGGGUCUGCUCUUCCGAGCUUACGAAUCACCAGUCUGGCUCGUCCGCGCCGGACGGAAACAGGAAGCCAUUGCGUUACGGCAUGAGUUGACGACAUCCAUGAACAUGUUCAUGAUGUGCUUAGUUGGACUUGAUGGUAGAGGUAUUCGACUUCUUCUCUUGUAGGCGAAAGACGGCGAGGGGCUGCUUGGAGGUAACAAGAGAAAAUAUAAUUAGUAAGUAGGAGGUGCCGUACUUCUUCGACUGAGACGAGGACGAUUGGGAAUACGAUUUACCGAUAAAGAUGCAAUUCUUCUAAUGUUUGUGGUGAAGACUCUGAAGCCGAACAGUUCGAAGGCGUCGGUCGAAAACGUGGUAAAUACCAUGGAGGUCCUUCAGCAGGCUAGUGGAGAAUCGAAGAGCUUUGGUUGGGCUCUGAGCAAUAGCUACUACCGGGUGGGGGUUAUUAUUAUGACCAUGCUAUUAGCGUUGGUGUUACUGUAGGAGUAUGAGAUGUAUCAUUGUGCAGAAGCGGCAAUUACAAUUGCAUGGUGUUACAAUGCCUUUUAAGUGCGUAGAACAACCAUGGUUCCACAGGGUCCCGCUAGUGCUCUUUCUCGUGUGGGGGCAGGUCUAAAAAACUUGGUUGCAUCCUGUCCGCAUGCCAGCAGACAUCGGGAAUCAACGUGAUGAUUACGCAGUCGACAACAGUGUUCCUACAGGUUGCAAACUACAAAUACGCAACGCUUCUCACAACUUUGACAGGUACUCAGAAGGUGCUUACAUAUGAGUGACACUGUGAAAACUGAUGUUUCUCAUGGUGACUAACCUCUUCCAUCUAGAGAAAUAGUUUGAGUUUGCAAAGUUCGUAACCGUGUCAUUCUGAAAAUUGCAAUUGCUUUUUGAUUUAUUCCCAUUGCUCUACAACAACCAGGUGUGCUUAACGUCGUCGUCACACUUGCAACCAUCUCAUUGAUCGAGAAGCUUGGGCGACGUAAUUUACUGCUCAUCUCCGCAAUUGGAACAACGGCUAGUAUGGGCACAUGCCUCCUCUGCGUCAUUUUUGAGUACUUGCUUCCUCUUUUACCUUUUGCUAUUUAAUUCUUUUUGAAUGUUGAUGCUUGUCCAGCAUGGUUUCAUUUUUUUUGUCCAGCAUGGUUUUCCAUCUACUUCAAUCAUGUUAGCCUAAUCCCUUUUUACUCACACAAAAACUAAACGUGCUCCACCCACUCGCAGCGUCGGCGUAAGCAUUAUGGUGCCGUGUAUGAUCAUGGUGUUUAUCAUGUUCUUCGCAGUCGGAUGGGGUCCCGUGGUCUGGAUUUACCUCUCCGACAUCUACCCUGCGGAGAUUAAGGGUAAUACUGAUAUCUAAAAUGAACCUCGUUGAUGGGAAGGAAUGAAUCUCGGAGGGAGCGAUUGUUACCAGGGUCGUGGUUUGUUCUCUGGUGGUUUCACGAGGUUUUUCAUAUUCUAUCAUCUUGAUGUAGUAACAAGUUACCUGAAUCUACUGCAUCGAACACUUUCAUUUGGGAUAUAUCUCAUCAACUACUACUACAUCAGGUUCUUGCUUUGCUCACGCGAUUAUGGUGAACUGGGUUGCUUGCGCCAUUGUGGUGUUUGGAAUCGGAAACUUCCUGCACAAUAAUCUCAUUACGUAUUCGAUUUUCACGGUGUUGAACAUCUUCGGGCUUUUUUUCGUGCUUCGCUACGUCGUGGAAACCAAAGGCACAAGUGUGGAAGAUUAUGAUUUGGAAGAUCAUUCUUACUUUUUAUCCUAGUAGUACAACUACCUGUCUCACUCUCACACGUACUUGCACAUGAUUGAGCUGAAGAACAUCAACAUUAUUCUAGGACAGUAAGUUGUUCACGGGUAACUAAGUACGUAGACAAUCUCUCAUUGUAAUAUCUUCUAAUGGCUUUCGCCGAUCUAUGCGGGACGGGAGCGACCGGCGUUCGAGUCGACAUCCAGUCAGGCGUGACGGAUUGUGUCGAAGAAAAAUUUUGAUUUGAUUUGAGACAGGACCGAAUUGUGUAUUGAAACGGAUACUUUUCUUGAUUUAAGUAGUUGUUUUCCUACUACAAGGACUCGGUGAUGAUUUAUGAUUAGUCACCAGAAGGAGCAGUGUCAGUCUCAGACUUCUUGAGAAUUAUGUUUUUGUUAGAUUGCUUAAAUGAUAGUCCAAUUCAUGACAUGAAAGCGAAAGCACAGACAGCCAAAAUAUCACAAGGAAAGCACGGAGCAAGUCGCUCGAGAACAAUAUUAUGGAUAUCACAGAGUCAGAUUAUGGAUUCGCAGUAGUGAAGUACUACUGCUGCAAUAUUUUUUUUAAAGCGAAGUGGCUUCGGGGGAGAGACUAUCGUUCGUAAGCUACACUGCUUUGUCGGUGUGAAAAACACACGACUGAGCUGAAAAUAUGAUAAUUUUUGAAAGCUAAGCGAACCAUAGUUUAUACUGUCUAUUGACAUGAAGUAGUUAUCAGCUAUCAUUUUGCUAUCAAGGAAAAGAUAGUGACAGGAUACGGAACUUGAUACAAUAAAUUAAUUUCUUCCAGGCUGAGGGGGAGUGGCAGCUAGCGGGUCAUCCCUAAGCAGCUGUCGGGCUCCGUGAUUACGUUUUUCUCUGAGAGACGAUCUACCUAUCACUCAGAACAGUUUCCUUUUUUGCCCAUCGAUUCCCCAGCGAAAAAAAAGAAGAACCUACAAUCACAGUCUUUUCGAUAAGAAAAUGCAUACUGUCUGAGAUUCAUUACAUCCCUUAAUAAAAGAUCGUGGAAGGUCAUCGUGAGAGUUAUUUUCCAAUUGAUGUUGGCAUAUAUGAGUUCGUUUAAGUUGUUUCUCAGCCACGACGUGAAGUUCGUUGUAAAAAUAUAUGUGAACGAUAAUUUUCAGCGGAAGUAAGUCCUUAUAUAUAAGCCAAUUGACAAGGCAAGUGCAGCAACAGCAAGUAAAAGACCAAUGAUAUUUGACAACAAUUUCAUCUUUGGGUUUUUAUUGUGAGACCAGGGAACGAGCCUUCCUCAAUGAUGCAUGUUUUUACCGUGGUUGGGUAAUUUUCCUCGUUCUUGCGCCUCCAUCUGUGUGAAUUCUGCGUGAGGAGAUAUUUCAGCCGUCGCGUCAUUAUCUUCUCACCAAUACAUUCUGUCUGAAACCAAAAAGUACUUAUUUCGAUUGUUGUUCGUCCUAACAAUAGAGGCUCCAUAACGAGGUCAGUGUGUGUGUUUUUUUUUGUGAAGGGCUCGCUUGGAUAGAAAAAGCUGCCGUGGAUUGUGAGACUUCUUGUUGUAAUUCAUUGCUCUCGCGGCAACAUCUUCAAGUUAUGAUUGGAUAAGAAGGUAGUUUUUCCCGGCAGCCACCAGAUUUGUUCGCCUCUUUAGUUCUCAUGUUCUGAAGGCUCAGAAUCUUGAAAGAAAGUGCACACGCUGCGGUGAAUCUGGUACAAUUUGUCGCCAAUGGGAAAAACGUUUCUUCAAUCAUGGAAACCUUUCGUCAGCUUUUGUCUUCUUUUGUGGUCUUAUUCUUCCUUUCUCUGCUUCUCCUGGUGCUGACAAGGUAGCGAACGCAAGUGUCGUUGCUACUGACUCGUUCACGGCUCACGCUCUUGUCUUCUUGCCUGGUGCUUCUUAUCUAGCUUCUCGUCACCUGGUGGCAAGUGUGCAUCUGCUGUCUUCCGCACUCGUUGCAUGAUCUUCGCAUUUAUGCAUAGGAGUCUCCUGUCGAGCCUUCACGAGACGCAACAACAGCUAUGAAGAUCUCGUACCGUCGCUGAACGCACACUCUACUUCUGCUGUUUUAGAAUUACGCUGCUGAUCACGACCACAAUAAUGGCACAACACAUCAAGGUAAUCAUAGGUCAUGUUCUCUCUGAAGAAGGAGGAGCGGUGCGGAUUCGUGCGCUAGUACUUACUAGAGGAUCGAUGUGUCAUACAGAUACAAGCAUAUCAAAGACAACCUGACAAAUUUAAUGUCGAAAAAAUUGGUAAAGAUGCAUAGUGUAAAGAGAUUUUGUACAUGUGCGUAGACUACACUAAAUAUAUAGAAAAAGAGGGAAGCUGAAGUUUAGCAUAGAAUUUUCUUUCAUCUUGACUUAAUUGAAUUUGUAAAGUUAAGGUCCUCGCAGAUUUUGUUGUUCUUGUUUGUUAAAGCACCACAGAUCUGGUCUGGGCAUUAUUGGCUAAUGAAAAUUUCCAAAUGUACUAGCUUCACAAUUUUUAAGCUCUGCAGUACUGUAUCUUAUAUCAGUAAUUCAAUCGUCGCUCACAAUUUAUUUUUUCCCUCAAAAGAUCGACCACAUUAUGCUUACAAAAUUUUUUCGUCUUUCAAUCAAACAUGUAGUUGUCCUUCAUAGUCUCUGUGAUCUGCGGAACAAGGAUUUGUUCAUCACGGUAAGAGCCACAAGGACACGAGUAAGAAGAAGAUGCUCAUACAUAUGCUGCUUACCUUUCAUAUUUUUCGAUGGUGUUCAUAUGCUAUUAGGUUAUAAGUACUUUCAUAUUUUUUGAUUAAGGCUCCUGCAUCUGUACUAUACAAUCCAUCGUCGGAUGAAUCUUCCGCUGUUUGAGCAAGUACAGAUGAACAUCCUUGUCUCCAUAUUGAUAACAGAUGAUACAGGUGAACAUCCCCCUUCUGGUCUCCAUAUUUUAAAGGUAAAACUGGAGGCAUGCGCAUGAUGUUCAAGUCCCGCUAAU